CUCACCAGAACCAGAUCUCCGACAAAGUCCUCUCUGGUCUCAGCUUCGGAAUUUGUUUUUUGGGUUCCUAACCAGAGGUGGACAAUGGCGGUCGGAUUUGGAGCAUGCUUGCUUCCUAGCCUGCUCACUAGCCAUGCCAUUGCUGUCUAUGUUGGAAGUACGGAGAAAGAUUUUUGCUCUCGAAGAUGGACGGGCAGGCCCUCCUCUUAGGGGUAGAAUAAAUACGCCCAGCAGAGGUGAAGCGCAUUGUGAAGAUGAAUUAGACUUGACGGCACACGAUUACGAGACUUACACAAAACUUCAAGACAUCUAUGCCGAAGCGUUCUACCAGUUUGACACUGCGUUAAAUCUUGGCGCCAUGAAGCUUUUAGAGAAUGCGGCUGAUAAAGGAGCGGCUUUUGUGAAUACGUUUUUUGAGCAAGCUCUACAACAUUUGGAUCCGAACGGUGUUUGCGAUCGACUAAGAGUACAGAAAUCGGACCAUAAAGAGGUAUGUUGCGGUGAAGAAAUUUUCAGGAUGCCACACGUCAUGCCCGAUGUCCCUCCAAAAACGAUGUUUUUUAGCGAAAUACAUUCAAAAACAAGUAGUCGCUUGCCGAAUUUCAAAUCACCACAGUCAAAGGAAAAGCUGUUAAUGGAAUGGGGAAACCUUACUUGGGAUUUCGGACCAAGGUAUGAGCGGAACGCUGCGUGCGUUCAAGCGUGGGGAUGCUUUCGGAAAUGGAACAACCUGGAAUUCUGGAUGCGAGCACCUUUAGGACCUCGGCAAGUCCCCCUUGAGAUCUACGAGACGUCCACGGAUGGACAUGCUGAAGAGCGUAGAGGUUUAAGAUCGAUGUUCGAAGAAGAGCAUGAGCGAUACCUUGACGUGGAAACCAGCGAGCAUGCCAACAAGACGACGAAUUUGUGCCAGAACACAGAGAUGAGUCAACGCUUUUCAGAGCAGUUCAUUUCUUUUGAGGAAUUUACGAGAAAGUACCUUCUAGGCUACAAUCUUCAUGGUAGAAGGAAUCCUAGAUAUCCCCAUCGCGUCGCUUACAUAGCGCAGCACAACCUCUUUGAGCAGAUCCCGUCUUUGAAAAAGGACGUCCCGUGGGCUCGCCGUGCUGAUGUCGCGAGCAUUUGGCUAGGAACCGCAGAUACAGUAACAGACCUACACUACGACUCGAUGGACAACAUCUAUCUGCAGGUCACUGGUUGGAAACAUGUGAAGCUUGCAAGGCCAAGCAUAAAGUAUUCUGGCUCAGCUGUUCCUGUAAUUGGUCUUUAUGACGAUAAGCUUGAACAGCUAUGUGAAAGGCGACGUCGAGGUUCAGAAAUGCCUAGAAAUGAAGGACAGUCCCCCUCCGCAACAGGAAGUAAACCCAAUAAAAAGAAAGCUGCGGGCUACAAUUUUUCACCACUGCGAGUCUUUGGUGAAGAUUCAGAGCAGCCGUUGUGCUUUUCUUUCCUUAUGGCUCCCGGUGACGUCCUCCUGAUCCCCAAGUACUGGUGGCAUGCGAUGAAGGCUCUGACGCCAAGCAUAAGCGUAAACUUCUGGAAUCGGGACUGAUUUUGGCCUACUCUAUUUGACUUUAUUUGGAAUUUUACUCUUGUUCCCGACUACCCGUAAUUCGAUGAAUAUUCGUCUUCUGCAGGAGCUUCUACUUUCUCCAGUGCUGCAUUAUCCAUG